AUGCCGACUUCAACCACAAGACGCAAACGCGCCCGCAACAUGGCCGGAACCCCUACAAGCAACAAGCGUCAAAAGCAGCGACAGGACUCCCCUGUUUCCGACGGGGAUGAUCUCGAAUGCAUUGAUGUCACAGGCGAGAGACUGGGCACAAAGUUCUGGAAUAUCGUUGCCGGUUUCAUGGAUUCAGCACCAACCGCCCAGGGAGCUACCGAGAGAUGGCAUUACCUCGUAAAGAAUGUCUAUCUCCUCGGAGAAGCCAAAAAGAAAGAGCAAGGAACCGUCAAUGGGUCAAUCUCGCGCUCGGCUUUGAAGCUGGUACAUUCAGCCAGCGAGGCUCCGCCUCACCAAGUCUCGCACAAGACGACAAAAGCUGCCAAAAUUGCGACAGUCUCGGGGCCAGAGAAUCCAAUUUCAGACGAAGACGAGGACGAGGAGCCUGCUACGGCAUCUGAUCAUCGAAGCCAGACAGCACUCGCUGCACCCCCACGAAUGCCCGCUGCCCAACCACGACCUUCAGGCCCCUCGCGCCACAAAAAGAAAGACGUUAAAAUCCCCUGCGGCAUGGAAAAGUGGCACGCAUCGUGGAGCAUCUGCAUCAAGCCCCAUAGUACUUCAGGGUGGGCUGCUGACUGGCCAACGAACUUUACCGAACCAAAGACACCAUCGCUAUCAACCGGGCAACCAAGACUCAAGUCGACAUCAGAAGGAUCAAAAGGCCCUGUUCGAAUUGUCGCACACAGCUUCAAAGCACUGUGGAGCGCCAUCGGGUCAUCCACCAUGUCGCAAUGCAGAGAAAUUUUCGCCUACUACGACCUAGGUCUGGCUCUUCAUGAGCUGGAGACUCAGCUCGAUCAAGUCGACAAGGUACCGCAUGAUCAGUUGGAGGGACUUGCUCGUGAGUACCUGGACACCCGAGGUGAACGUGCAAGGAAUACCGCUGUCACAAGGAUGACAUUCCUUGCUCGUCACCUACUCGAUGUUCUGGGAUAUGGUGCAUCCAGCGGCCAUUCUGAGGAGGACAUCAAGGAGAAAACUAGGCUGCUUAAGGCACAGAAGAUGACCGCAAAGAACAUGUGCUUGUUCGUCAGCGUCUUUGGCGAGGGAUCCCUACUGCUGAUGCGAAAGUCUGUGUGGCAGUCCACUUUGGACCAAGUCUCGGACAAGACGAUCAAGCCAUUGCUUGAGAAACUCGUCGGACGCGAGCCAGAGCUCCGAAAGGUGAUGAGUUUGGCUGGAAGGGUCGUGAAGUACACGAAGAGCGGUGUGCCAGAGGAGGUGCCCAAAACUAUCAUCAGAGCCCAGGAGUUGGAUGCAUGUGCGAGACACAAAUUAUCGCUGGUCAAAUUGUUGGGCCCUGCGAAAGACAAGACAGCUGCUAUGGCGAUGUUCAAGGGCAACGAGUCUGAUGGCCACGAGGAUGGAGACUGA